UGUGGUACACAGUUUGAAAAUGCAGGCCGUGUCAUGCUUUGAAAAAAAUCAUUUUAUACUUGAAUUUGGUGGAAAAUGUCGGACCCUAAACGUGCUACUCUUAUAACAGUGGGUGCUCCAAAAAGUGCAAAGAAAAAUGUGAACAAAUCAAUGAGAUUAUUUAUAAAUUUAGACGAAAGCAACGAAAGUAAAUAUCCAGAGCUGAAUUACAAGGAACUACUCAUAGCAGCAGUGAAUAGAGAGAGGCAGCUAGAUAAUCGUCUUUCAUUAUUCAGUAACUUGCCAAAUAGCAAGACAACAGGGCUGGACCCGCAUUCAGAUAAUGAUGAUGAUGUCGAGAGAGUCGCAAGGAAAUUUGAACAGAAAUAUGGAGGAAAAAGCACUUAUGGCAGGAAGGGUAGAACGAAAUAUGAUGAAUAUGCAGACAUUGGCGCUGGUUAUGAUGAAAAUGAUUCGUUUAUUGAUAACACUGAUGGAUACGACGAGAUGAUCCCGCCGGGGAGCGACACCUUGUACGGCGGAUUUUACAUCAAUUGUGGCUCGCUAGAAUUCAAGGCUGUAUCAGAAAACCAGUCAGCAGCAAAUGAAAGAGAGUCCAGCAGACGGAAUAAGAGGGGCCAUAUAUCCUCAAGCAGUAGCGAAGUGGACUCUGAUAGUUUAUCAGAUUCCGAUAGUCAGGAAGCGAAAGAUCCGAAGGCCAUCGCUAAUGGAAAUUUGGACUCACAUGAGACUGAACAUCGAAAGAAGAAAAAUAAAAAGGGCGAUAAGAAGAAAGCCAAAAAGAAACGCAGAACUGAUUCUUCGGCAGCCACUUCCUGUAAACAUACCUCAGAUGAUAAUGCUCAAGGUGAUGCGGAGAGUGCAGACUCGCGGACCUCCCAGUCAGACUCCUUGACUUCGAAGCCUGCUCCGAGCUCCGAGAAUGCUAUCACAUCGGACAGUUCAAGAGAUGCAGAAGCAAAGGUCGAUACGAAACUGCCAGAAAAUGUGUCUAAGCUUCUAGAGGAGAUGGAAGCAUUUAGUCAGCAAUCAAGAGACAAGCCCAAGGAUGAUAACAAGACUGAUCAGUUUAUUAAUAUGUUGGAGCGUUCGCUGCGGGCGAGCGGCGCGUCGAGCGGUGCGGCGGCGGCCGCCCGCGCCCGCGCCGCGCGCGCUCUGCGCCUGCCCGUCCUACCGACACCAACUACCUCCGAAAUUGCUCAAUCAACUACUGCCAAUACAAGCACUACCAUCACCACUACCACUACAACUACAAGCUCUACAACUAAUAAUACAACUACAACAACAACUACAAAUGUUACUACUACAACUAGAGUAACGAACAACAAGCGGAAAGCAGAGGAAUUGCUGGAUAGCAUAGAUAUUAGUAAAUUAACACCUGAAGAAAGAGAGGCGAAGAUUGUGGAAACUUUACAGAGAUUAAAAGUAUUAAUAGAGGAGCGCAAGCCGGGGAUGAUGGCGUCGUACAACGCGGAGUGCUCGCGCGUGCAGGAGGAGAAGAAGAAGCAGGCGGCGCCGAGCGCGGAGCGGCGGCUGCCCAAGCGGCGCUUCCCGUGGUGCGGGCGCGCGCGCGCGCUGCUGGCCCGCGCCGCCGCGCUGGCGGGCGCGCCCGACGCCGGCGCCGCGCUGCUGUGCGCGCGCGCGCUGCCGCUCUUCCCCGCCGGCUUCGUGCGCGUGCCCACGCUGCUGCGCCAGGCCAACUUGAGCAAGGACGUCAAGGCGUCGGAUCUCAAGCGGCAGAGGGUCGUGCCGCCCGCCCAGUCCGUUAUGGCGAGCACUCAGUUCACGGAGCCGAUCCAGUUCCCCAGCUCCCUCACGGUUACGACGUCGGUGAAAUCCUACGAAAAACCCGAGGAGGAGAAGGACUCGAAGUACAAAGUGAACCCUGCGGCUGUCUUUGGAUCGUUAAUAAACUCCUACACGCUCAACAAGGACCUGGUGAUAGAGACGCCCGAGGAUCGAAAGAAGGAUUCGGAUAGAAGUAAAGAGGACUCGUACAUUCCAAAUAACAUUGGCAGUAUAACGAUAACUCCCGUUGUGAACAAUCAGAAAGACAAAAAAGUCAACAUUACUGUAAACGAUAAAGCAAAGGAACCCCUCUUACGAGUCAAAUCACCGGCAGCUCUUAAUGAAAUGAUACAUAAAAAAGAAAAGGAGAAACAGAAAAAACCAGAGAAACCUGCUCCUCCUGCCCGCGAGAAGAGUGUCCAAUCUCCCCUGCACAUAGAUACAAACUAUCAAGCAAAGAAGAGUUCACCCAGCCCAAAAACUAAAGAUGAAAUAAGUCAGAAGCAAAUUGAAAGUAUGAGGAUAGCAGAAAAUAAUAUACCGAGACCUGGGUUAGUUUCAGUUAACCAUUCACCGACAUUCGCUAAGCCGGACAAAAGGCCACCUGAAGUAAAGAAGAAAAAGGACAUUGUAAUAAUUUCCGAUAUGGAUCCAUUAGCCGAUGUCGUACAGGAGCCGCUGGCUGUUGACGAUAGCAGCAGUGAUGUUGAAGUGGUUGAAGAUAAGUCUGACAAGAUUGAACUUAAAGCUAGUGAGAAUAAGAGUGUUACAGUGCCUUUAAAGGACAAAGUGAGUGAAAAUCAUAGGAAAGUGAAUAUUUUGAAACAGAAAAGUGAAAAAAGUGUUAAUUCUUUUAGGGAAUGUAGGAAGGAGCAGCUCGAUGAAGCUACUAAAGAAGAUUUUGAUGCCGUUAUGAGGAACCUUAGAGAGAUGGAGCAUUCACAAGAACCAACGAAGUUAAACUGCAAUUCAUAUGGAGGUGUUAUUACUAGUGCUAAGCGCGAGAUGUCUUCCAAACAAAAGUUCAGCCGGCCCGCCAUAUUCGGCGAAACGCAUAGCGAUAGAGACAAGUUCGCAGAAUAAACUUCUUUGAACAAAAUGGAUGGAUGCAGCCAAAGGCUGACGUUUAGACUUUGCUGCGUGGUGAAGAGAUCAUGAAAUGAUAUAAUUGUUAACAAUGAUAGUAUAUUUAUAAAAGAAAUGGCCGCUUAUCACUACAAGAUCCAUAAGGAAAUGAAUUAUAUAAAAAAGUGGUUAGCCGAGCUCCUGUUAGCAAAAGUAUUAUGUAUUAAUAUGAUAAUAGACUGCUCUGUAGCUAUUCCAACUUCUAUUAACUCAUAUGACAUUCUAGUAACUCGUGUUCUUGAUGUAUGUCGUGUACAUACAUCAAGAACACGAGUUACAAUAUAGUAACUAAAAUAAAAUGUUGCCAGCUUGUGAAGAGUUAAAUUUUUCAAUUUUUUUCAAUUUACCAAUACACUCGUUUCAUAAGAAACUAUAAUAAUCAGAAUUAUAAAUGUUAUUCACAUAAUUGUGUGUUAAAAUUUUAACAAAGAUAAAUAAUAUCAGUUUCUAUUUUAAUGUUUGAAGAAUAAAUACACGUAAAAGUUAGUACACUUUAAUAAUUACAAUUAAGUCUAUUCUGUUAUAGAGUAUCCUCUCAAAUAUUUUCCUCUGGUAUAACUCACACAAUGUACGUUAUGACCGCAUAUUGUUAUUUGUAUUAAAAACUGUUAUUACUUUACUAUUAUAAUUGCACGGAAUUUUGUCAAUCGAUUUUAUUGUGUAUCAAUCUCCGAUUGGUCGGCUUCUAAUGUCACUUUUGCUACAAACGAGUCGACCAAUCAAAACGCACGUGACAUUUCACAUUCUAGUGUUGCUAUGAAUAAUUAAAAAUUACCCACUCAUCCGUAACUUAGAACCCGUUUUGAAAUAUUGAAGUUUAUUAAUUUUUUUUAUAUUUAUUUAUUAUAGAGACGGUCACGUAACCAUAAAUUAAAGGGAAAUAUAAAUAUAAGUUUCAAGAUAAUCUUAAUUUUAAGUUCGUAUUGAAAUUUACCAAAAUUUAUUUUAAUUAUAUAUGAUUAAUAAUGUACAUUUUAUAAUAUAGUAUUGUCUUGAAAUGAAAUCUAUAUUUUUAUUAAAUCAAAAUGGAUAUUAAAUGACCUUGUUGAAAUGUAUCGUUUACUUUGUUCGUGAAUUUCAUUCGUAAUAUUAUAUAAUUAAGAUUUAAUAAAUAGUGCUUUCGCUACGAGCUCGGCCUAUAAGGUAGUAUGUAACUAUAAAUCUUUUAGUUUUAAGAUAAUAAAAAGCCUGUUUAAAACCGACCGCCGCAUAUACAUCUGACUAUGCCAUAUAUAAUAAAGAUCUCGUAACCAACUUUACAAGUGUUAAAACUAUUCAUAAAGCUAUAAUUAAUAUGUUACACAAAAUAUUUUUUUAAAAGAAAAUUAUUUUUAAAUGUUAAAUAUAUAUAUGUAACCAUAUUAAAUAAUAUAAAUUGAAAUAGUUUCCCACACCAUGUAUGUAGUUGGUACCUUGUUUAUAUUAAACUUGAUAUCACAUGCUUUGAAAUAGUUCAUUUAUAUUCAUACACAGAUUGGCCAUCUAGGAAAUUACUGCAUCGCCUGUAACUUUAAGUAAAAGUAGUACUACAUUAUGUUCAAAUUAAUGUAUUAAUAUUUCUCUAACGCCUAUUACAAUUGAAAUAGUUAAUAUAAACAAAGCCUAGAUUUACAUAUUCCAUUCGAUUUGAUUACCUUAGUUUCAUAGACGUUUGAUAAUUAAUCAAUAAUUAGCAAUUUGUGUAAUUAACAUAUUAACAUUGUGCAGUUGCAUGUGUGACUGGCAACAUUCGAUCUCUCGUCUCUGUCCUGUAUUAAUUUUCAUAGCAAUAAACAAUGCCUUAUUUUCAAUUUAGACGAGCCGGUUGGCGUGGUUGGUAGAGCACUUGCCUUUCACGCCGAAGGUUGUGGGUUCGAUUCCCACCCAGGACAGACAUUUGUGUGCAUGAACAGGUAUGUUUGUCUUGAGUCUGGGUGUAAUUAUCUAUAUAAGUAUGUAUUUACAAAAGAAAAGUAGUAUAUAUUGUAUAUCAGUUGUCUGGUUUCCAUAGCACAAGCUCUGUACAAGCUUAAUUUGGGAUCAGAUGGCCGUGUGUGAAAAAUGUCCCAGGAUAUUAUUAUUAUUAUUAAUUUAACGUAAAAUGUUGAAGCGAAUGUGCGCUGGAUGUAGUCGGUUUUAAAUAUGGCCAGGGCAAAACUGAGACGCUUAGAACAAGGAAAAUACAGUAAUAAUGUGAAAUAGCACGAUAUGUUCCUAUCGCGUCUUGAUAAUGUUGGAAUAUGAUGAAUGAUUUUUUGAACCAAAUUUCCCUGUACACAAUCAAUUGAUUUUAUAAAUAAUAGGCAUAUGUAUAGACUACUGUAUUUUGUAUAAAAGGUUAGAUUAUAUAGUUUUACAUAUUUCAUUUGAAACACAAUGUAUAAUAGAUGUUCGCUGCUCCACGUUUAAAUUCACAAUUUUUUGCUUUAUAUGUUUUUUUUUUUUUCAUAAUUAAU